AUGAUACAAAUAACAACAGCUAAUAAGAUAUUUCCACAAAUCAUUACUGAAACACAUAAUCAAACAUUAAAUUUAUCUUCUACAGCUAUAUUGACUUGUCAUAUACGUGAUUUAGGUGAAUAUCAUGUAACGUGGUUUAAAAUAGAUCCAUAUACAUCUAUAUCAUCACCAUUAGUUGUUGGGAAACAAUUAUUUACAACUGAUAAACGUUAUUCAAUAUCAUUUUAUUCAACAUCAAUAAAAGAUUCAUUUUGGUCAUUAGAAAUUUAUCAAAUAAAACUAUCUGAUGAAGGUACAUAUAUAUGUAAAAUUACUAAUCGAAAAGCAAGUGUUAGUAUAUAUAUACAUUUACAUAUACAAAUACCAAUGAUUAUACAUCCUACACAUAUUUAUGUAGAACCAAAUACAAAUAUUAAAUUAAAUUGUAGUAUUUUAAUGAAUGAUAUUGAUUAUAAUAGAUCAUCAAUAACAUGGCAUUUUUUAUCAAAUCAAUUAAAUAAAACAAAACCUCAUGAUGUACAUAUUAAAAAAAAAUUAUUUAAUAAUAUUUUAACUUCACAUUUAAUUAUUAAUCAUGCACAAAUAUAUCAUACAGGUAUAUGGACAUGUGUUUAUAAACAUCAACGACUUACUGCAAAAGUUAUUGUUGAAAAAGGUAAAAUUGAUUGA